GUGUGGUUCUGUUUCGAAUUCCCACGUCUCAUCAUUUCUGCUUUUUCUCUCGCCAUCAUAAAUACAGUCCAUAAUCAAAACCAAAGGAGAAAAGGAGAACACUAGCAGCAAGCGCCAUAGCAAUGGCGGACACAGCUGAUAAAGCCAUGCAACAGUCUCUGUUACUUAAGAGAAGAGAGGAAAACGAAGAAGAAGAAGAAGAAGGGGGUUCAAGAAGUGCAGUGACAUGGGGCGGAUUCAGGGAAGAAGUGAAAAAACAGGGUUACUUAUCAGGACCAAUGGCGGCGGUUGUUCUUUCACAGUAUCUUCUGCAAGUUAUUUCGUUGAUGAUGGUGGGUCAUCUUGGUAAACUUGCUCUUUCUAGCUCUGCCAUAGCCAUUUCUCUUGCUGGUGUCACUGGCUUUAGCCUUCUUUUGGGAAUGUCAAGUGCAUUGGAAACUUUAUGCGGUCAAGCUUACGGUGCUAAACAGUACAAAAAACUGGGAAUUCUAACGCAUACUGCAAUAUUCUGUUUAAUCUUAGUUUGCAUUCCUGUUUCUAUUAUUUGGAUAUUCAUGGGGAGGGUUCUUGUUUUCAUCGGCCAAGACCCUGAAAUUUCGUAUGCAGCUGGUAAAUUUGUAAUGUGGCUUGUUCCUUCACUCUUCGCCUAUGCAAUUCUUCAGCCGCUAAUACGAUACUUUCAAAUGCAAAGCCUGAUCGCUCCCAUGCUAAUUAGUUCUUGUGUAACUCUCUGUUUCCAUAUACCUAUCUGUUGGGUUUUAGUAUUUAAAUCGGGACUCGAAAAUGUUGGAGCCGCAUUAGCAAUGUGUAUUUCAAACUGGCUGAAUGUGAUUGUCCUUGGACUAUUCAUGAAGUACUCUUCUUCUUGUGAUGAAACUCGUGCCCCGGUUUCUAUGGAGCUGUUCCAUGGGAUUAGAGAAUUCUUUGGCUUGGCUGUCCCUUCUGCAGUAAUGACCUGCCUCGAGUGGUGGACAUUUGAACUGCUUGUCUUGCUCUCAGGACUCUUGCCAAACCCACAGCUUGAAACCUCUGUUCUAUCUGUCUGUAUUGAAACUGUUUCUACGCUCUAUGCAAUACCGUAUGGAUUUGGUGCUGCAGUAAGCACUAGAGUGUCAAAUGAAUUAGGAGCAGGAAACUCACAAGCUGCUCGGAUUGCUGUUUAUGUAGUGAUGUUUCUUGCCGUGGUGCAGACAACUAUAGUUAGUAGUACACUCUUUGCCAGCCGUCAUAUAUUCGGUUACAUUUUCAGCAACGAAAAGGAAGUAGUGGAUUAUGUUACAACCAUGUCUCCUCUGGUUUGUUUGUCAUUUGCAACGAGCAGCUUGGAAGCAGUGCUUUCAGGAGUUGCAAGGGGGUGCGGAUGGCAGCAUAUAGGAGCUUAUGUCAAUCUCGGCGCCUUCUAUCUUUGCGGGAUUCCGGUUGCCGCCCUUUUGGGUUUCCGGUUAGAGUUAAGAGGUGUGGGCCUUUGGAUUGGUGUACAAGUUGGCGCCUUUGCACAAAUAGUGCUACUUUCUGUUGUUACAGGUUGUGUAAAUUGGGAAAAACAGGCAAGGAAGGCAAGAGAAUUGGUAUGUAAAGGUAGAUGUUCCGUUGAUGACAGAACAAUGUGAACUGCAAGAUACAGGUGGUGGUAUGGUCUAGUGAUAGGUUCUCUCUCAUGGUGUAAAAGUUAUGGGUUCAAACUUCAUGGUGUGGAGGUCCAGAAUAUAAAAUCUUCGUUCAAGUCCUGUAUAAAAUGACUUCCGAGAAAAUAAAACUUUGAAAGCUUUCUUCAAAUCAACUCUUGCUUUCCUGAAUAUUUGAAGGAAUAAUGAGGUCA